GUUCAGAUGCAUCUUAAGAGAAUGAUAUACAGGAGGGUAUCAUUUUCUUCAAUUUAUAGCAGCAUCUCUGAUUCUUUGCUUGUAAAGAGGAAAGAGAAACGGACGAUAAAGGGCAGCCAUCUCAAGUGAUGAUGACUCCGCCAUCAACCACCACUCUCAACAAAACGGCGUCCGUAUCCCCCGUUUAUUCCUCUCAAUGCGAUACGACGCGACGCGCUGGACUGGCGAUACAAAACAGCACGUGAAUGAAUCGGCGAUGGAUACGAUGAGGGACGCUUGUAGCAGCGUGUGCAAGGGGCGCGUGGUCCGCCAGUGAUGCCCGGUCUAGAGGGAGAUAUUUCGCGACACGACACGAGUCCACCUCCCACGCGCGCCCUAAUGUCCGACGAUGGGGACGAUGAGGUGGAGGUGCGUGAGACAGUGAAGAGGUUCGUCUUCAGGUCGCGCAGGACGCUCACGCAGGAUCGCGCGCAGGCCGACGACGCAGAGGAGCGCGAGGAGAGCCUAGAGAUUCUGAUUCCCGAGCUGCUGCAGCCUAAUUACAGCUUUUACACCUGGCCCUGCGCGCACGUGCUCGCCUGGUACCUCUGGGAGCACAGGGAGAGCCUGAUCGGCAAGCGGAUCCUGGAGAUCGGGGCCGGUACUUCGCUGCCCGGCAUUCUCGCCAGCAAGUGUGGCGCGAUUGUGACCCUGAGUGACUCCGCGAGCCAACCGAGGACGCUGCAGCACAUCAGAAGGUGCUGCGAGUUGAACGGAAUCGCGGAACAAGUGAGAAUCGUCGGCAUCACCUGGGGUUUCUUCCUGUCCAGCCUAUUCUCGCUUGGCCAGCUAGAUUUGAUCAUCGGCUCAGACUGCUUCUACGAGCCUGCUCUGUUCGAGGACGUAGUCGUCGUCGUGGCAUUUCUACUCGAGAAGAAUCCCUGCGCGAAGUUCCUCUGCACGUAUCAGGAGCGUAGUGCCGACUGGUCUAUAGAGCAUCUGCUGAACAAGUGGGGAUUGUCAUGCGUGCACAUUGAGCUCGAUAGCCUUGGCACGAAUUCCGACGUUGACUUGCCUGAGUUAAUGCAAGAUCGCACGAUACACCUGUUGGACAUACAACGGGCGGUAUAAAUUCGAUCUAUCAUCGAUCUUCUAUCAUGUUAACG